ACAGAGUGAGAGAGAGAAAGAAAAAGUGGGAAAAGGCAAAAGAAAGUUAAGUUGUAAGAAGAGGUUGUUGCAGAGAGGACGGAGCAAAAGAUGAGCGAAAUGUGAAAAUCGAGGAAAAGUUGUACACUGAAGUAUAGAUGAGGAAAGGAAAGCAAUUAACGGGCCAUCAUUUUCAAAAUGGAAUUUAAUCCUGUUUCUGGAGAAAGAAGAAGAAGUACUAUACAGUAGAUUGUUAAACGACUUGAAAAAACUGGAAUAUCGAAAACAUCUGUGCAGAAGAACAGCAACUGAGAAAAAAAACAAGUUAUUAUGGAAGAAUCUGGCAGCCCGCGUUCCAGGAAGCUCCAUUUCCCAGUGGGCCUGUGGAUAAAUUCUCCCCGUAAACACUUUGCCAAACUGGGAGCCCGCUGGCCUAGUGCUGCGUCAGUCAAAUCCAACACUAGUUCAGAUGCCACCUCCCUCCAUGAAGUUUCCUCCAUUCCCUCUUCUGCCCUGUCCGUCUCCACACCCUCCCUAACAGCCCCCUCCCCCUGCCCCUCUCCUUCCCCUGCGUUCCUGAGGCCCCGUCCUGCUGCCCCUCAGUCCCGCACCAAGCGCUUGUCCCACCUCUUCCUGAGGGGACGCUCCAACAGUGACCGCGACCGGGCUGUAGGGGACCGCGAGAGGGAGCUGUGGGCACAUUCUGCUGCCCCCUCCACUCAUCACUACUUACCCCCAGCCUCAUCCUCUGCUCCUGGACUCAUUAAGAUCUACGGGGAUGCUCUGUCCAGUGGUGCCAACUACCGAAGUCUGUUGGCCAACAUCCGCUCCACUGCCAGGCAGCUCAUUGCACAGGUCAUAACCCGCUACACUGAGAGAGAGAGGGACACUGAAAUUGAUGACUCAGCUCUCCAGAAACAUUCCCCCGAGGACUUCCUGUUGUGUGAUGUCAUUGGAAAGCCCUUCCACCGGCCAGAUGGAACCUUCGAAUGGGAAACAGAAUGUCGGAGGGGUGUGGCCCCCUGGGAAUGUCCCUUGCUCCUUGUGGACAUGUGGCGGCCAAAGGAUGGCUAUGAGCGGCGCUUUGAAAUCCAAAGACGAGAAGACUAUGAAAGGGACGAGAGGAACCGAGAAAUGGAGAGAGAGAGAGAGGGAGAGAACUCUCAUGUUCGCUGGAGGAGAAGCCGUAUGUCAUCUGGGAGUGGAGCCGAGGAGAAUGAACGGGGCCACCGUGCGCGGAACUCAGAACUCAGAAGAAGCAUCAGUGACAUGAACCUGAGCUUGAGACGUCGCCAAGGCAACAAUGCCACCAAUGACCCUAGAAGAUCAGGCAAUGCCCAAAACAGCAGUGCCGGACCCAAUGACAGGAAGAACAUUGUGAGCAUGAUGGCUACAGAGGCAUCAGAGGUCAUGGGUUCGAUGGUGGGAAGUGAAGUGGUCAGGCGCACCAGAGUCGUGGAAGAGGAGAGGGACAUCUCCGCCUGUGACCUGGAAGUGAUGUCACAGAGUCUGAUCCUCCCGCCCACAGACCGCCCCUAUUUCCUGUUGCUGCAAGGCUACGACCAGAGCAAGGACUUUGUUUUGUACAUAAUGACCGGGCACACACACAUAUUUGGGAGGAAGCCAACCCCACGAGAGCGGGAGAAGGACAGAGAGAGGGAAAGGAAGGGGAAGAGGCCCCUGAAAGUGGAUACUUUCCUCUCAGCCCCUGACCUCCUUGUCCGACAUUUGCUUGUCAGGAGAGACUCUGCCAUACCUGAGCAACCUCGAGGACAAGCACUGGUGCGUCCCUUCCGAGGGGGAGCUGUCACUCACAAUGGAGCGCCGCUGUAUAGGGAGGCGGUGCUGAAGCCAGGGGAUCUGUUGGGACUAGGGGGUCACUUCCUCUUCCUGUACCGUGACCCUCGUGUGACCCCGGCUCCUCCACUUGCUCUGCCCCUUCCCUGGCAAGCCGACUCAUCUGCUUCCUGCGGCCCUGGAGCUGUGGUGGACCGACAGGAAGUGCUGAGGCAGUAUCUGGGCUCCACCGAGGCCCUGCUAAGAUUCCAGCCCAGACAUGUAGACAUACUGCUACAGGAGAUCAUCUCUAAGAACUCUUCCCCUGACUCAGGAGGUGGCGCUCUUGCCCCUGCCUAUCUCCUGUCGGUCAUGAUUGAUUAUGCCUCCAAACACCUGGACCCUGCCCUCACGCCCCAGCUAUUAUUAAAGGCAGCCACCCACAUCAAAGGAAUUGUGUGGGACAACAUAAAAGAAUUUGGGGACAAGCAUCCCACACAAAACCCCACAGAUCCAAAUGGUGACCUAAAUACCCCCAGUGUGCAGCAGCUGGCAACAGACCUCCGUCCUCUGAUGUUCUGGAUGUCAAACGCCACCGAACUCCUCAAUUUCUUUCAGGUCAAGGUCGAGGCCAUGGAGAAAGAGUGGGAGUUUGAGGCUCCAGGUGACCCUGUUCUUACAGCCGACAUGGACACUUGCUCAGAAGCCUUGACACAGCUUGAUGAUGUUAUCAUGCACACUUUCCAACAGUGUGUUUAUCACCUGACAAAGACCUUGUAUUCCCUCCUGCCAGCAUUGCUGGAGACCAACCCUUUCUCCCGUGAAGAGAAGGGGAAGAAAAAGAGCACAACAAAGGAGUGCAAGAGUGGUGAAGGUGAAGCAGAGGGAGGAGGAGGAGGAGAAGAGAGGGAGGAAGAGGACGACGUGUCCACUCUUCCUCCCACAGUGGCAGGACUGGUGGAGGUGUACCGCUGCUCACUGCAGCUCACCCGGGACGCCUGCCUUUCUCCUCCUCUCACCUCUCAGACCUUCGGCUACCUCUUCUUCUUUACCAACACCUCCCUGCUCAAUACCCUGCUGGAGAGAGAUGGGCUUUUUUCCUGGUCAAGAGCAGUUCAGAUUCGGACCAGUCUUGACCUGGUCCUGGACUGGCUGCAAGGCGCUGGUCUGGGUGACAUUGCCUCUGAGUUUCUCAAGAAACUUUCAGUCACAGUGAACUUCCUUUGUGUUCCCAAGACGCGCCUGAUCCAGUCUUCAUGGCCAAGUCUCCUGGAGGACCAUGCCUUGCUGAGCUCAGCUCAGCUUCAUCACCUCCUGACCCAUUAUAAGUUGGGCCCGACCCGAGCCCCACCUGCUUCCUGGGCCCCACCUCCUGGUACAGAACUCAGUGGAGAUAUUUUUGAAAGCUUCCUGGAUCAUCCCCCCCUCAUUCUCCCAAAUGAGACGCCACGCCUGGAUCUCUCCCAGCCCAUCCCAAGUCCUGAACUGCAGAAGGAAAUUACACGCCUGCGCACUUUCCUGUGGGGGAUUGACCAGGAUGAAUUGCCAGCCAAUCAGAGAACCAGGCUGUAGUGUCAUGCUUGUGAGAGAUAUAUGGACUGAACAAAACACCUUGUUUGAAUAUAGAUUGCUCAAGCUGAGGUUGGAAGAAGGCCUGUGGCCUCGUUUUGUAAUUGGUUCUCUGGGGAGAUCUGUUGGUUCAUUGCAAGAAUCUGUUUUUAUUCAGAACAGUGUUUAAUCAAAGCAAAUUAUAACUGACAUCUGAGACUCAUCUUAGCUGAACUGUUGCCUGGAUGCAAUGGAUACUUGUCAAAUGUUGAGACCAGGUGGAAAACAAAAAUGAGAAGAAAAAAUCCACAGGCUUUGUUUCCACAAACUGAUUUUACUUAUGGCACACUUGGUGGUGGUAGUACUUUGUACUUUGCAAAUCAAAUGAUCUCUGGAAAUGUGUUAAGUGGAAAAUGUAAUGAUUUGUAAUCCAUCUAAAGGCAGGAGCUGUGAUGUGUGAUGUGAAAUCUGAUGACUUAUGCAGUUGGGAAGCAGGAGAUGGCCAGUUAUACUCCUGAGCAUUAAUUUAGAUCUAAUUAAUUAUUAUUAACCAUGUGGACCAAAUGACGAUAUCAUAACCAGACAAUAUUCCUUCAAGUUCUUUAGUGUAUAACCAUGUUUUAUACCAAAGUAUUACACCCAAUACGAUAUUAAUAAAGUUGUGAUUUUAAAGACAA